GGGAUCGCCGGAUCUCCAUUCCCGUGUGGAAGAUCAGUGAGAUCUGUGACAGGCGUGCACUAUAUAAGAAGCGCGAGUAGCAUAGCAGCAUACGCACUCACGCACCCACCAGCAAGCAGGUUAAGCUCCGCAUCGAUCAUGAAGAUGCCACGGCCCAUGCCGCUCCUCAUCGUCUUGGCCAUCUCGGUGCUCGCGCUGGCGUGGCCAGCCUCGUGCGCCGACCUCGUGCUCUUCCCGGUGGCCAAGGACCCGGCCACCUCCCUCUACACCAUCCACACCAGGCACGGCGCCAACCACGUCAUUGACCUCGCCGGCCCGCUCCUCUGGUCCACCUGCGCAAGGGACCACUUGCCGGCGGCCUUCUCGUGCAAGGACCCGGUCUGCAAGCUCGUCAACGCCUACCGUGCCCCAAGCUGCCGCAUCGCCGGUCAGCGCUGCAAGAAGCAGUGCAGGGCGUACCCGUACAACCCCAUCACCGGGCAGUGCGCGGCCGCGGACCUGAUCCACACCAGGCUCGUCGCCAACACCACCGACGGCAAGAACCCGCUGCAGCAGGUCUCUGUCCGGGCCGUGGCGGCGUGCGCGCCCAGGAACAUCCUGGCGUCGCUGCCCAAGGACGUCACGGGCGUCGCGGGGCUCUCGGCGUCCGGUCUGGCGCUGCCGGCGCAGGUCGCGGCCUCGCAGCGCGUCGCCAGAAAGUUCAUGCUCUGCCUCCCGAGGCGCGGCGAGGGCGUCGCCAUCUUCGGCGGGGCGCCGCUGUUCCUCCAUCCGGAAUCAUCGACCGGGGACCUCACGACGACGCUGGCGUUCGCCCCGCUACGCAGCAAGAGAGGCAACCCCUUGUACUACAUCCCGGUGCAAGGUAUCGCCGUGAACCAUGCGCAGGUGCCGCUCCCCGCGCACGCGCUCACCGCCGGCGGCGUCGUGCUCUGCACCCGGGUGGCGUACACCGCGCUCCGGGCGGACGUGUACCGCCCUGUCGUCGACGCGUUCGACAGGGCCCUGGCGCGGAACGACGCCAAGGUCCCGGCGGUGGCGCCAUUCGAGCUCUGCUACCGGUCGAGCAUGCUGUGGAACAGGCUGCUCGGGUACGCCGUGCCGGACAUCGCCCUGGUGCUCGAGGGUGGGAAGAGCUGGACGUUCGUCGGCAGCAACUCCAUGGUGGACGUGAACAGCCAGACCGCGUGCCUCGCCUUGGUCGAGAUGAAGGGGGUGAAGGCCGGGGACCCCAGCGCGGCGGCGGUGGUGGUCGGAGGGUUCCAAAUGGAGAACCACCUGCUGCAGUUCGACCUGGAGAAGAAGCAGCUCGGCUUCGCCAAGGUGCCGUUUUUGUCGGCGUGCAGUAACUUCAACUUCACCAAGACCCAGUAAAAUGCGAAUUUCUAGUAAGCAAGUGUCGGCUCAGUAAGAGUGCAGUGGAUUCUUCUCCUUCUCGGACCUCGAUCAUGGCCAGGGGCGAAGCCAGCCGCAAAUGUCACCGGGGUCUUCAUGUUUAUGCAAUGAGGUCUUCUGUUAGCGUCACAGUAGAUUACUAAAGGAUUUAUCAAAUUUUAUCGGGGUCUUGUGACCCCAAUGCUAAUGGGCAGCUCCGCCCCUGAUCAUGGCAUGUUAGUGACCUGCCAAGUCUGUGACUGUUUAAUAAGUACUAUAGCUUGGUUGAAUGAUCAUGUGCGCACCUAUAACAAAUUUCUGGAA